CUGAUACAGUUCGAAGGAAAUAAUCGUGAAAGCCUCGGCAUCAAAUAAUGUGGCACCCGUUCAGUUUACUCUUUAAAUGUAUGCUUAUCGCCAGUAUUUUGAUUUGUGCGAUCGGCUUGCCCCAGCAACUACAUGAUGAUUUCCCGGGAUUCGGGGCGCCACCCAAAAAUCAUGAAGAGCAAACAACAAGAGGGCCAAAAAGAAAAGAGGAGUUCUUGGACCUAAAUGACUCCAACAUAUGUGGUAUACCCUCCAAUCGUCUGGGAACGUUUUCCAUCAACGGAACUUUCCAGACACAUAUCGGAGGCAAUCCUUGGACGACUGCCAUCUACACCGAUGGGAGAUAUAUAGCCGUAGGAACUUUAAUCCGAUAUGAUGUGGUGCUCACUGCAGCAGAUCCGAUAGCAAAUAUUACGCGAGAUCAGCUCACAGUGGAGGCUGGUGACUGGGAUAGGCUGGGGGCUGUGGAGAAGUACUCGCACCUAAGUCGUUCGGUAAGGAGCAUUGCGAUCCACGAAAAGCUGGCCCUCAUCAUUCUGGAGGCGCCUUUCUACUCCCCACAUAUAAGUCCUAUCUGCGUGCCCUAUCCUGAUACCGUUUUCACGGAGUAUGCCUGCCGGACAACUGGCUGGAGAAUCCCCUCUGUCAAUUCCUCCUCGGAUGACCAAUCGGACAUAAUGUGGUUCAGGAACUAUGCCGUCAUGACUCACGAUGACUGCAUCGCUGAACUUCCACAAGGUUUGAAUAUGGAUACCAAUGUUCUCUGUGGUGCUGACUUGUUCAACGAGUUCACUCCCCACAAUCCUGGAGGCGGACUUUACUGUGCCGGACAGCGUUCCGUCCUGGCCGGAGUCGCUUUAUCUUCUAGAGGCUGGGAACCGAAUAAUCAACCUGUUCUAUUCGCAAAAUUAUCCAACUAUCUGGACUGGAUUAUGAAAGAACUUCCUUAAAUUAAGUUUAUAAUUCAACAAUGUUUUCUAUAGUCACAGAAUACUCAAUAUAUUUAAGCGUCAUAAUUAAGAUUAAGAUUUUUAAAUACUAAUUAAAAAUAGUACAUGAAGGAUUUCCGCUUGAGUAAGUUCUAUAAAAAUCAUACUAAAUUACUUAAUUAAUAAAAAUUCUAAAUAAC